AUGGGCGACUGCGAGGGAGCCGGAAAGCAAAAGGUCUGCCUGGAAGGCAAGUGUCUCUGCAAGACGCCGGCCUCCCCUCUCAUUUGCUCUGCGAGUGAGGAUUGUGCAUCUCUGCCCGACUGCGAAGGCGCAGGAAAAAAGAAGACCUGUCAAGAUGCUGGCUGUGUCUGCAAAACCGAGGGGGAGGCCGUCGUGAUCACAACCAUUACGGCCCUUCCCUCCGGAGCGUCCAUCGAGAGUAUCACGGCUCAGAUUACUGAGAACAUGGUCACCACAACGACGUCCUCUGGCAGCGAUGAUCCUACAAUCGUCCCAAUCAUUGUUCCCAUCGGCAAACCGCCUGUCAUCUGCUGGGGCUGUGUAACCUUUCCCACAAACGUCCAGUUCAAGCUUCCCGAGUGUUGUGUCCAGAUCUUGGGCUCCAAGGUCGGCAACUGUCCUAAUGACAACAGCGAGAAAAAGAAUGGGAACGAAAAAGAAAAAGAAAACGAGAAUGAAGAAAGAACGAAAACAACAACUACCACAAAAAGCUGCUCCACAACCGUCACAGCUACCUAUGCUAGUGUCUUCUGCACGGUAACGCUUGAUCUAGGCCAGCCUGAGAGACACAGGCGGGACGAGGGCUGCUCAACUCUCGAGUACGAAACCAAGACCGCCUGCGAAACGAUCACGGGGGGCACGAUAACAACAGCAACUACAGUGAAGCCAGGGCCAACUAUUUGCUCUCCAGGAACAUGCGGGGAGGGUACCUGUCCGGUUAAGAAGAAGGUGCUUGCGAAGAGAGCGCCACCUGGGCCAAAGAGUCAACCCAACGCACAUUCGUGGUUUGGACCAGAACAUUACACCAACAAGUUUGAAUUUAUGAGAGGAGAGGCCUACAAGGCAUAUCGAGAUGCCUCUUCUAGCGUGAAUCUUCAAACGGAAGGAACCGAGGAAUUUUCCACUGGAAAGACUCUGGGGCUGUACAUCAUCAUUGCCGUUUCCAAAAGGGGCGUAUGGGUUUCCCAUUUCUGGGAGCGUCGGCCUGAUCUAGUGCUGGCCACGCUUGGAGAUCUUACAGGCGGCGUGCCUGACUUCAUCGACGAAGGGCUUGGCAUGUUCCGUGGCAAGGCCGGUCCUAACGGGAACAUGUUUGACGAUGAUGCUGAGCCACAGAUCUUCAUUGUUACCCGAAAAGAGCGGCCUACCGACAUGUUUCUUCAAGGUGCACCAGGCGAUGUCGCUCUCUUGGCACUCAUCAGGGCCAAGCUCGAUGUGUGGUGGCGGAGAGGAUCAAAUCACGGACCGCAGCGGGAGAUGACCUACGACCCAAUCAUCCCAGAGGGACAUGCGCCAAAUGAUCCCCGAUACCCCGGAGACCCGGAGUUCUUCUUGUUCCGGGGAAAGGCCAUGAUCCAGUAUCAGCCAGCUAUCGCUUGCGGCGGCGGCGGCGGAUGCAGCUGCAAAGAUAGACAGGCACCGGCGUUCGUAUCCGGCCUCUGCAACACUCACAUCAGAAUAUACGGCAGCGAAAAGCGCUUUUCUGCCAGUAUAAUCGCAUAUGACGGUUCGGGGGCCGAGUUUUACAGGAAUCCUGAUCUCAACACGGAGUACUCGUGGGGCGAAACCAUCAUGCUGGACACCGGCAAGCUUCCCUACCCACUCAAGUACGAGUUCCUCGACAAAUGGCUCGGCAGCACUAAGAAGCGUGACCAUCCGCUGAGCUUCAUCGGACCUAAUCCCUUCAGGUAUCAGACCUACAGCGUCAGAAUCACGGCGGGUAACACGGUUUGGAGCACCAUGGACAAGAACAACACUAUGAAGAUGGUGCCGAGGUGCGAGGUCGGCAACUGGGAUACUCAUGGCACUUGGGACCCAAGCGAGAUUGUCGCCGAUUUCAUUGACGCUAUUCUGGGCCAGGGAGGAAAGGUACCAACAAGAGACAUGGAUUGUCGAUGGCAGUGUUGA